AUGGAGGAGACGCCUCGGAGUCCACGCUCCUCGAUCUACACCUGCUUUGCUCCAGAAGACCGGCCCAUUGCCUCGAAGGACAGGCCCAAACCCAGGAAGAGCCCGGCGAGAAUCAAGCAUGUGGUCUCUCAGCGUCGCGGGCUGGAUCGCAGCAGUCGCAGCAGCAGCCCGGCUCCGCGGCAAUCCAGCCCGACGUCACCCGGGCUUCAUCUCCGUCACUUCACCGGCAAAGGUGACGCAAGCAACCUGAUGUUCACAGGCAGCUCUUUCCUGUAG